ACACGCGCGCGCCGAGAGCUUUACGCCGCCACAGUGCCUCGACUCGCGACCGCUGCCGCCGCUGUAACCGCUGGUCAACGCGUAUACUUGCACAUCCGUUCGGAAUUUGACGUGUCGUUCGCGUACGCCUUACACGCACGCCAAACGUAAACCGUAUCGUCGUUCCACAGCGUGUUCCGGAAGAAGAAAUGGCCGAUGUUACCGGGAGUGGACUGGCUGCAGGAGAUGACACGGUCGUUGGCGGCCCAAAAACACCACAGCAGAUCGCCGCAUCAAAGCGACUGCAACAAACGCAAGCACAAGUGGACGAGGUGGUGGAUAUCAUGAAGACUAACGUGAUGAAAGUUUUGGACAGGGAUCAAAAGCUGUCCGAACUCGACGACAGAGCAGAUGCUCUACAACAGGGAGCGUCGCAGUUCGAACAGCAGGCAGGGAAACUAAAGAGGAAAUUUUGGCUACAGAAUUUAAAGAUGAUGAUCAUAAUCGGUGUUAUUGGACUUGUUAUAUUAGCCAUUAUUGUUGCUUGGUUUUCGGACGACUAAAACUCAUCAACGACCUGAAAUUUAUUAAAGCUACCAUACACCACCAUUCAACAGCCGUCAAGUAUGACAUUUUAAUCUUUAAGAUGCAAAAAAAUGAAACCAAAGGUGCAUUAAAAUAAAUACUUAUAUAUUAUACGUUGUUAUGAUGUAUAUUUAUAGGGGAAAAAUGCUUUUGAAAAACUGCCCUUGCCCAAACAUAAUAAAUGUAAUUAAUAUAAAUCGUAUUUAAUCGUUUAAUUGUUAUUUUUUAAUAGUUAUUUACUUUCUUUGCCGGUAGAAAAUCUUAACUUUGGGUAAAAUAAUAGGUAUUUAUAUACAACUAAAUUAAAAAAAAAAUAACAACUAUGUAAAUAGCGUUUUAAAAACUAUUUAUAUUUUAUAAAUUAAUUUUACUUCCACACGAUAUCGAGUUCGUUUUGUUAUAGAAUUUACUCACAACCUUAACUUUUGGUCUAAAAUAAUACAAAAACAUAAUUCUUACACGUUUUUAAUAUUAUAUUAUUAGUAUUAUUUAUACUAAUAUAAUUAUUAUUGUUUUUUAGUAAAUAUCGUUUGUAAUUUAAAUAUUUAAUGUAUUCGCUUAUCUAUGAAAUUUUUAACACUACACGUUUAACGCAAAAACAACAGUUAAGCCAAAUUUAAAGGAAACAUAAUAUGCGUUUGUUUUUCGAAUUAAACGACGUAGGUACCAAAGGUAUCGACGAGAAGAUCUACUUAAAAGAAGGAUACGAUUUAUAACAAUAAUAAUAUUAGGGACGUCGUUUUAAAUAAUAAUUUACAAUUAUUGUUUAUUAUACGCAUAUUAUUAUAACCUACAAAUAUACAUAUAUUGUGUACUUUAUAUCUUAUAUUAACUAACAAAAUUAAAUACGAGUAUGUAUACUUAAUAGUUUAUACAAUAAAAAACAUCAGCUAUUAUAAUAUAUUAUUCUUAUUUUAUAAUAAUCUUAUGAUAUUAUAAUAGUAUAUACAUAUAUACUUAUGUCAGAAUUGAAAUUGCAACCGUAACAUAUAUACUAAUAUCAUUGAGUGUAACUAUUGUAUAUUGUAAUAAUAAUAUACUCAAAAAUGUCAAAUAACAGUUUUGUUUAAAUUUGUUAUGAUUGUUUUAAAUGCAUGUUACCAAAAGGUCAUAUUUAAUCGAAUACAAAAAUAGUCCGACCUCAGUGUAAUGUGGUCUUACAAAACAUGUUAAUUGAAAGAAAACAAUACUAUGCUAUGAAUAGCAUUUAUCUUUGUAAAAAUAAUAGAUAUUGAUUAUAUAAUUAUUGUAUGGUGUAUUUGUGUGGAAACAGUUGUUAUGAACAUUAAAUG